GGAGAAGAAAUGGAGGCUGCCGUGGAGAUACCGGUGACCACGGACCCAGAGCAACCAGAAGUGGUGCCAGACCCAGGAGAGCCCUCCGUAGAGGAGGAGUCUCAGGACAUCACCAUCACCCUCACAUCCUCGCUUAGCGGAGAGGACACCAACGCCGUGGGCGGAGACGACAAUCUGGUGGGGGAGGAGUCUAACCACGACAAUGAAAUCUUCACCUCCAAGGACAACCUCAACCUGGAGCCUGUCAACGCCGCGCCCACACUCGACAACUCGGUGGAGGAGAUUCCGGCCACGCCCCCUCAGCCUGAAGAGGAGGAGGAGCUUGGAGAGCCCAUUGCGAUUGGAGAGACAAACACCAAUGUUUCAGAGGGAGGCCUGGGUCUGGAGGCCUGGAAGAUCGGAGCCAUCUCCGCUGCAGUCUUCCUCGUCCUGGAGACCAUCGUCAUCGUCGUCUACGUCCUCAAGUGCCGAAACAGAAGCAACAGUGCCCCCGCCCCAGACCGGGCCUGUGAGGAGGCGUGUGUGGAGGCAGAGCCCGCCACUGGAGUCUGCGAAGACGACACACUUCUUGCCGGCAACGGAGACGCCCAACAGAUAGCAGCUCUAGACCCCUCGGAUCUGUCCCAGGUUGUAACUCAACAACAAGAUGUGGAGGAGGAGGAAGUAGCCAUGACAGACAUCCAACUGAGCUCCAUAGAGCAGUCUGUGGAGCCGAGCCAGCCAGCCUCAGAGCAGGACCUCCGGACCUCAGUGCUCUAAGAGACGGCCUGCGGCCCACCCACCCCUCUCCCGCCCCCUCCCCCCUGGCCCCCGGCCCCAACACGGUCUGACUUCCUGUUCUCCCACCUGUAGCUAACUAUUGCCCCCCCACCCCC